GAACACAGGUUUUGUUCUCUUGUUUUUCUGAUCUUUUUUUAUUUGAUCAUAGCUGUCUUAUGACAUAGAAGCAUCAUUUUGAGACUAGGAUUUGUCAUUUUAAGAAAUACAGUUAAGUUUUUUCUUGAACUCAAUAUUUUGCUGAAUUUAAUUGAAUUUACAAGGCUAAUGGUAGUCUGAAAAAUAUUAAUUCUGCUCUGAAUUGUGUGAUCAUCAAACCAGAGAUGACAACUACUGGAAGCGUGCCGAAAGAUGGUCGAUCGUUAAAGCUUCCUCGAACUAUGGCAACAUCCAAGGGAUCUCUAGUUCUGAUGCCACAAGGGGAAGACAACUGGCUGUUUGGCAAGGACUCAGAUUACUUCAGAACUAGCCAGUGGAAAAGAAGAGGGAGCCCAAAAUGGGAGAAGGAGAUGGAUAGUAGGAGAGAAGAAGCACUGAAGGCUCUCACUGCCACCAUUGUGGACUAUGGACCGGACGCAAGGAAGUUGAUGGACUUCCUGCAGACUUUUACCAAGUCACACGAGAAAGGAUUGAACCAACCAGGCGCCAAACCAGACGAGUAUCUCAAGAAUCUCCAGAAACAACUCAACCUAGAUAUACCCAAAAGCGACAGCUUACAACUCAGUGUCAAAAACAUGACCCUGGAUGCUGAAAUGGACCAAACCAAUUUUGACCCCAGGACACAGAACUCAGGAAUGAACCCGUUUGAACACAAUGCCACAACAAGUGGUAAUUUGAAGCAUCAGAAGGAAGAAGAGACGACUGAUUUCUCGUCAGCCGACACUGUGUUGAAAAAUUUCACCCUGUUCAUUCCCGAACAUCUGCUGCAGGGUACGAAGUUCAUGAGGAGACUGAAUUUGGGCGAGAAAGAAGUGGUGAGGUAUUCUGUGAAGUCAGGCAAGAAGAUUGACAAGCUUCUAUUUGAAGAUCUCAGGUCGACCAAGAGCUCAAAGCAACGAGGGGUGCGAUUUGACGAAGAAAGAUACAAUGCCUCAGUGCCAAUGCCGGAUACUUCCAUGCUGUCGUCGCUCGGGUCUCGUGCUUCGUCCAAAUACGACUCACGAAUGGGAUCUACGAAAGGAGUCCGAUUUACCGAAGAGGAAAACGAAGGGCAGCCACCAGAAGAAAAGGAAGAAAAAGACAUCGACGAAGUGUCCGAAAAGACAAAAGACCAGCUGGAGUCACAGCCUGAAGGAGCGAAGUCGCGACUUAAUCAAAAAUCGAGGAAUCGCGAACCAGUUUACAACAGUUUUGGAUACCUAAAACGAACUCGUCGAGAACCUUCCAUGUUGAUUCGUCAGCGAAGAGACCUCCUCGAACAAAAUGACGCAAUAGCCGAAGAGUCGAGUUCUCAACAACAAUCUAUAUAUGGAGAUAUGUUUAUAGACUCAAUGCGCGCGGUUCGCGAUCUGGAGCGCCUGGGCGAAGAUGCGAAGUAUAUAAUGGAGUAUGUUCAGCAAUGGCAGAAAGAUCAAAAAGAGAAAGUAGUUCAAGAAGCACGAGAAGCGAUUGCAGCCGCAAACGCCAAUCGGAUUACAAUGAAUAACCAGUCACCGAAAGGCUCAAGAACAGCUAGUCCGACUCAUGCACGACCAGGAUUGAAGAAGUCAAAGCAUAGAGCUGACAAUUUUUCAAAAGACAAAAGUAAGCAAAAGCAGGUGAAACAUGUCAGUGAUAAUCUGAAAGACAAUAGUGACUCGAAGAACAAGUCUUAUACGCGAGAGAUUUUUGACUUGUCAUCAAGCGAUGAAAUGGGUUCAGACUUGGAAGCUGCAAAGGAAUCCGAAACAGCAUCCAGAGUCAGAAACCUAGAAAAGGCAUCCCGCAAUACUGAGCUGGAAAACCUGAAGAAACUCACUUCGCAUGCUGUGCGCUCUCAGGCCAAGAAACACAGGACUGGAAAGUCAAGUGGGAAGAAAGGCAAAAAGAACAAACAGUGCAAAACUCCCGAGAUUAUUGACAGCCGAGAGCUGAGUGUGUCGGAACAAAUAACGAAGUACGAAGAAGAAAGGAGGAAAAAGAUACUAGAUUUGGAAAUUAAGCAGGACUCGGUUGAGAUCGAAAUAAGGUCGCUCUUGUCUGAUCUUGAUGAUUUGAAGCGUGAACUGCAAAUAGUGUUAGAAGAGACAGCCAAAGUAGACCAGGAGUUGAGCGAGGAGGAAGACGAACAAAAAUAUUGUCUGCAGACAGAGUUGGAACAGCAGCUUGAUAUGUGCAGAAUGAAACUGGAAGCCGAACGCGAUGCACUAUGGCAACUGAGACGUGAGCGCUCGAGAAUUGAACGUGAGAUCAUGCUGGAGGACGUUGAGUCCCCAUCAGAAAGGGACAACAUAGUGGCUGAGCAAGAGGGCGAGUUGGGCGACCGGGAGGUGGAGGAGGAGGCGGCCAUGGAAGAACAGUGGGAACAUCAGAGAAAGAGCAUCAUGACGUCAUACGGGUCCAGACAGAGCCAAAUGGAGUCUGCACUCGAAUCGGUGCGUACGGAGAAGAUGACGCCUCUGUUGCAGCAGAGAAGUGCAUUGGAGGAGAAGAUGAGUGAACUAGAGAGGGCUCUGAAGGACCUGGAUACGAAGCAAAGCGGCUUUUCGAGAGAGAUUGCUCGCUUGAACAAUUGGUACGAAGAGGAGCUGCAAAAACUCAGGGAACAACUUCAGUCUGCAGAGGACGAAUACAGCAUUCUGUCUGGUCGUCAGUCGAGGCUGAAGUCGGCUGUUGAAAUUGGAGCCGAGCAACAGCGUCGUGUAAAGAUGCAGGCAGUGAAAGGCGACAACUUCGUAGCCGCGAAGUCGGGUGAAAUUUCAGAGGCGUUCGUGUAUUCCUACUUCCCGAAUAUACCGAAUGAUGUGUGGAAUUUGCCAUUUAAUAGCAAAUGGGCUAAACUGGUCAGGUCAGCUUCUGAAAUUCCAGCAGUGAAGGAAAGCAGAAAGAAGUGAACUUCGUUUUCAUUCAAGUCUUUAAAACUCCAAUCACGCUGUCAUUUGGGUUGAAUUCUUUUUAUUUAAAACCAAAAGUAUUUCUUGUAUUUUAG